AUGUCGACUGCCCUCCACAGAAUAAGUUCAGGCGUCCUUGCAGGACUACAAUUUUACGAUGAGGAAGAAACAAUUUCAGAAGGACACGAUAGAAUGAGUUCUAGAGUGCCUGAUGGAGUUCAAAUUUAUGUGGAAGAGAAGAUGUCUGAGUCCCAUUCUGGUGACUCUAUAGCUGCUACAGGAUUUGAUGACGCUGCGACGAAAAGGCUGGUUCGGAAGCUUGAUAUACGUCUCAUCCCAAUUCUUGCUACUAUAUAUCUAGUAUGCUUUCUUGAUCGUGCCAAUGUUGGCAAUGCACGACUUGAAGGACUAGAAAAAGACCUUCACAUGACCGGCCUCGACUACAACAUCGCGUUGUCUGUAUUUUUCCCAUUUUAUAUUGCAGUCGGCGUUCCUAGCAAUAUGAUAAUCAAGAAAGUUCGUCCAAAUAUAUGGUUGACGGGAAUUGUAUUAUUUUGGUCAAUUGUUAUGGUAUGCACGGGCUUGGUGCACGACUAUGCGGGCUUUCUGGUUGCCAGAUGCUUUUUGGGCGUCGCAGAAGGUGGCUUGUAUCCAGGUGUAGUAUAUUAUAUCACCAUGUGGUAUCCUCGAAAUGAAUGUGGCUUUCGCAUAGCACUAUUCUUUUCUAUGGCAACAGCAGCAGGAGCAUUUGGUGGGUUAUUCGCCCGCGGGAUUUCCGAAAUGUCUGGAAUAGGUGGUAAAGAUGGAUGGGCAUGGAUAUUCAUCGUCGAAGGGCUUCUUACCUUUUUUGUGGGGUGCAUAUCAUACUGGGCCAUCGGAGAUUACCCUAAUAAUGCAAAAUUCCUCUCGGAGACGGAGCGAAAAGAGGUUACGAGACGACUUGCGAUUGAUCGAAAUCUUCUCUCUGAUGACUGGAAUUUAAAAUUCGUCUGGCAAGCUUUGAAAGACUGGAAAAUAUAUAUCAACAUGGUGUUGUGCUUUUGCUUGUCCACGCCUGUAUAUUCAUUGUCUUUGUUCUUACCUACAAUUGUGAAAGAUAUGGGAUACACCAAUAAUGCUGCACAACUGAUGACUGUUCCUCCUUACGUCGUCGCAUGGUUCUUGGCUGUGGGAAUAGCUGGCUCCGCACUACUUAUCACUAGUAAUAAGACACCUGUUCAAUACACGGGCACUUUUUUUGCAGCGCUUGGUGUCUUUCCAACUCUUUCCCUUCUCACCACUUGGGUAGGAAAUAAUCUAAGUGGAAGUCUAAAGAGAGGAGUCGGUUUCGGUAUGGUUGUUGGCUUUGCCAACUUCGGGGGUAUCGUAGCAGCUUUCAUCUAUCGCUCCGUGGAUGGUCCUAGAUUCAUCGAAGGACAUACAAUAUUCAUCAGUCUGUUGUCUUUGGCUUUUGUUUUGACAGCUUUCAUGAUGACCUAUUACAAGAUGGAGAACGAUCGUAGGGACGCUAGAGAUGCGGAACGAGGCCUAACAGCGGAUACCUAUACCCUGGAAAUGAAGCUUCAGCAGAAAGAUGAGGGAGAUGAUGCAACGUUUUGGAGAUACACCAUAUAAUAUGGGAGACGCGCUAGAUCAUGAAGCUCGAGGAUUACCCCCAAGAAAUCCUAAUGGUAUCUGUAUGAUAUCAAAAGUACUAUAGCUUGCCUUCCUUUUAAGGUUUCAUAUCUCGUUCUUCUCGAUGCAUGGAUGCAAGCACGAGCGAGUCUAGGUGGAAUGUG